GAACCAGUUGGACGGGCAAUCGGCAUUGCUUUCGGGGCGUUGAUAAGUGCGCACCUCACCCACCUCGACGUACUGCGGUUGUUUUGUUUUUUGUUGUUGCUGUGCGUGCAGUAAAACAAAAAUAACAUCGCGUCGCUCAAACAAGAAAAACAUUCUCGAUAAGGAGCGGCGAGGCAAAACAGUUGCGCCGCACACUUCGGACCGGGAACAACGCAUAACCGUUUCGAUCCGAUCCGAAAAGAUACGAUCGGUGGGCAGUGAGCUCACUCCGGCGGAAUCCCAGCGAAAAAUGCCCGAUAACAGCAACAAGUUCUGCAAAUCCAGCGAUGUCCGCAUUCCGGACUGGAUCAAUGAGGCCUACUUCAAGCGGCUGCUCAAGCGGGAUUUUCGGGAGUUUCGGCGCAUCCUGAACCUCUCGAUUAUACCGGCCACGCCGCCCGGAGAGACCUACACCUCGCUGCUGAUGCGCAUCGUCAUCGACAUCGAGAUGAAAGAUGGAUUCUCACAGCAAAAGUCGUACAUAGUAAAGACGAUGCUGGACGAUGCCCAGGGAAAUGGUGGCUUUGUAAAUACCCUAAAUAUAUUUCCCAAGGAAAAGAUGAUGUACGAGACGAUCAUACCGAAUUUGGAAUCCUUAUACGAGGAGGCUGGACUGAGUGUAAAGUUCGCACCCAAAUGCCACUGGGCGGAGGACAUUAAGGGAAGGAUUUGCUUGGUGCAGGAGGAUCUGCAAACGAAAAAGUACCGCAAUAUUAAUCGACUGAAGGGUUUCGACAUGGUUCAUAUGCAACGAGUCCUGGAGAAAUUAGCCGAAUUUCAUGCGGCAAGUGCCGUUUGGCGUCAGCGCAAAGGACCCUUUCCCGAGGAUUUUCAGAGGAUUUACCUGCCCGCCAACUACAAUCGAUCCAAGUCGUAUCAGGCGCGACUCCAGAGUUUUAAAACAGCAAUGGCCAGUUGGGGUCUCACCGAUCACGAGCAGUACGUGAGUCGCAUACCCACUGCCGAUCAAUUUGUGCAAUCCUACGCCCGCUGUUUCAAUAACAAUCCGCAGGAGUUCAAGGUUCUCAAUCAUGGCGACUUUUGGUCCAGCAACAUUAUGCUAAGCUAUACUCAAUCUGGUGAAAUCAAUCAACUGCGCUUCGUGGACUUCCAGCUGUGCAAAUGGGGCAGUCCGGCUCAGGACCUGUGGGAACUCAUCAUUUGCUCGGCCCGUCACAGUAUAAGGAUACAAAACUUCGACUGCUUCAUCAGGAUAUACCAUACUCACCUUGUGCGCUGCCUGAAGAUCCUUAAAUAUGGAGAAAGAAUGCCGAUGCUAAGGGAACUGCAUAUGAACAUGAUCAAAUAUGGUUUUUGGGGUUACUUUAACACCUUUACCCAUUUGGUAUUUAUCCUGUUGCCGGUGGACACGGAGGCCAGCUUAGUGAAGCUUAUGCAGCCCGGAGAGGAAGGAGAUCGCUUCCGGUCGAAGGUCUACACAAAUCCCCUCUACGUCCGCGCUGCACUCAGCAUAUUCCCCUUCCUUUACAGGCGUGGAAUCCUGGACUUUUAAAGCUAGUCAUCUAUGUACUUAUAACUAAUAGCCCUGUCUGAUAUUUUUAUACACUUUAUUCCGAAUUAAAAGCGAAACUUAGAAUUUAACCGAACAAA